GAUUCCAUUAGGAAAUAGAUGGUCAUUUCGGAUAUAUAACCCAAUAUACACAAAUGAAUGAAUCAUGGAUAAUACAAACAUAGUAAUCGAUGAUGAUGAUGGUGAUGAUGAUAAUAUCGAUAUUGAUGAUGAUGUUGAUGAAAAAAAAUCCGAAACAAUACGAUUACGUCCAUAUUAUGAUUGGAAGUUUGUUUCACCAGGGAAACCAUCAUCGGAAAAUAUUGAUAAUAAUAAUACAAUGAUGAUGAUGAUGAUGUGUACGGAAUUUCCACGUGUAGAUUCACAAGUGCCUUUAUCACCAAAAGUUGGUGGCAGUAGUGGUGGUUAUGAUAUGUCAUUUGGUUAUGAUUUACAAAUUGAAAAUGAUGAAGAAGAUUAUCCCGAUCCAAAUGACGAUGACGACGAUGACGAUGAUGAUGAUGAUGAUGAUAAUGAACGUGCUAGAAAACAUAGACAAGCACCAUAUCCACCGGCAAAACGUGUACCAAAAAAAAGAAAAAAAUCCAUUGCAUUAAAAGAUCGUGGUACAUGGCAAGGACGUUUUGAUUUUAUACUAUCAUUAAUUGGUUAUUCAGUUGGUUUGGGAAAUGUUUGGAGAUUUCCAUAUCUAGUUUAUUCGAAUGGUGGUGGUGCAUUUCUAAUACCAUUCAUCGUAAUGAUGUUAUUGGUUGGUUUUCCAUUAAUGUUUAUGGAAUUAGCAUUUGGUCAAUAUGCAAGUUUAAGUCCAGUUGUUAUUUAUAAACAUUUUUCACCAUUAUUUGCUGGUCUUGGUUAUGGAAUGAUUGCUGUAUCGGCUAUCGUUAUGUUAUAUUAUAAUAUGAUUAUUGCAUGGACAUUAUAUUAUAUGUAUGCAUCAUUAAAACCAGAACUGCCAUGGUCACGUUGUGAUCCAUUAUGGAGUUCAGAACUUUGUUAUUCAUAUAAAGAAAAAGAUGAUUGUCUGGCUAAUGAUCCAAAUGCAACAUAUUAUAAUCGUACUUGUUUUGAUCAAAUUACUGCUCAACAUUUAAAUAUAACAACAACAACAACAACAAAAAUAAUGGAAAAAAAAGCACCAGCUGAUGAAUAUUUUAAUAAUUAUGUUUUGGGCAAUAUUGAAACAAUCGAUGAAACUGGAAAUAUACAAUUUCAUUUACUUAUAUCAUUAUUGAUUGCAUGGAUAAUGGUUUUUCUUUGUUUAAGCAAAGGUGUACAAUCAUCCGGUAAAGUUGUUUAUUUUACAGCAUUAUUUCCAUAUUUAGUAUUAGUUAUAUUAUUUAUACGUGGUAUUACAUUACCCGGUGCAAUGAAAGGUAUUGCAUUCUAUGUUAAACCGGAUUUCAGUCGUUUAUUUGCAGCUCAUGUUUGGGGUGAUGCAGCCGUACAGGUAUUUUUUGCACUUUCACCUGCAUGGGGUGGACUAAUAACACUUGCAUCAUAUAAUAAAUUCACAAAUAAUUGUUAUCGUGAUUCAAUUCUGGUAUUGUUUGCAAAUGCUGGUACAAGUAUAUUCAGUGGUUUUGUUGUAUUUUCAAUUAUUGGUUAUCUUGCACAUGAAAUGGAUGUUGCUAUUGAUGAAGUUGUUGAUCAAGGUGUUGGCCUGGCAUUUAUGGUUUAUCCCGAAGUAGUUGCCCGUUUACCAGUAUCACCAUUUUGGUCAUUUUUAUUCUUUUUUAUGCUUAUAACAUUGGGUUUGGAUUCACAAUUUGCAUUGCUUGAAACCGUACAAACAGCUGUAUUGGAUCGUUUUCCAUCAUUACGUGAUCAUAAAAUUAUUAUUCUUUUAUUAGUAUCUACAGUUGGUUAUGCUGGUGGUAUUAUAUUCACAACACAAAGCGGUGUAUUAUGGCUUGGUUUAUUUGAUCAUUAUGCAGCAAAUUUUUCCGUAUUAAUUAUUGCCAUUACUGAAUGUUUAUUGAUUGCUUGGUAUUAUGGUACAGAAAGAUUUAUACGUGAUAUUGAAAAAAUGAUUGGUCAUCGUACUAAACGUUGGAAACAAUUAUGGUCGAUUAUGUGGAAAUAUAUAACACCAUCCAUAUUGAUGUUUCUAUUAAUAUUCAAUUGGAUAAAACAUGAACCACCUAAAAGUGGUGAUUAUAUCUAUCCUGAAUGGUCAAAUAUAUUUGGUUGGAUAUUAGCAUUCAUUCCAACAAUCAUAAUCAUUAUAACAAUGUUACAUACUUAUUUUUCAUAUGAUGGUGGUCAAAAUAAAUCUAUUGCACAGAAAAUCAAUUUAUUAAUGCAACCAUCAGAAAAUUGGGGACCAACACAUAAAAAUAUUGAAAAAUUACAACGAAGGAAAUCAUCACGUUUAGCAAUGGCCGCCGAACAACAACAACAACAAUCACAGCAACAACAGUCAUCAUCAAUAUUGGAAGCUAAUCCACCAUUAUUGCUAAAUGGUGAUUUAUCGCAGUCAACUACGACUGCGUCAACAAUGACCAAUAAUAAUACGGAUGACAAUAAUAAAAUUCAAACGAAUGGAAAUAUUACUUUAUUACCGAUAAAAUUACGUCCAAAAUUAAAACAAACAUUAUCCGAUCCAAUAAAUAUUGUAAAUGAUAAUAAUAAACAAUCAUCAUCAUCCAAUAUAAAACCAUUACAGCAACAAAAUUCAUUUGAUAAUCCUUCAUUCGAUGUACAAUAUCCGGUUAUUGAAUUAGGACAGCCAUCAUCAUUACAAUUAUCAUUCACGAAAUCUGAAACCAAUCAAACACCAAGAAUCUGACCAGAGAAAACAUUAUUCUACAAAAAUACAUUCUACCUCUUAGUUCGCUAAUGGAAAGAAUCGCGCCACUACCACCACCACCACCAUCAUCACCAUUUUCAUCAU